UCUCACCGCACCAACACAUGUCCGACACUAUUUGGUCCAACAGCAACAAAGGUCUGAUACUGCUGGGUGGGGCCACCACGUCCCACCAGUAUCAGUCCGUUCUCGAUAAAAUCGAACCAGAGGUCGCCAAGAUGCUUUCCUACAAUGAUCCAAUGGGUACGGUGGGGAGUGACUUGGUCUCUAACCAUUUAUCGUUAAAUGAUGGAUCCGACAUCGAUGCCAGUUCUGGUAACAUCUUUGGCUUGCGUACUGGCGCUCUUUCCGCCAUCACUGCACCUGUGGGCGGUGGAUAUGGGCAGACGUCGCCUUCUCCCAAUGCCCAGCGGUUGGGUUUAGGUACGGCGUCCAUCUCCGGCGGCAUAGCCAACCGCCACCCUCCUCAAGACUCGUUUCUUCAGAAGUUCUCGGGGGUUGCAGAUGCUACCAAGGACCUCGAGUUCACCAAUGGCUUCUCCCGUCUCGAGUUUGAACGGCCCCAUUCUCGUCGAACUAGCUUUAACCACACGCAGCAGCCUUUAGAUAUAAACUAUUCGAGUCCAACAGGAUCGAUAAAUGAAAGCUUGAAUCUUCCUGCCAAGUCUCGGCACCAGUCAAUCUCAGAUAAAAUCGAUCACUACAACAACACCUCACCUAUCCAGGCUGGUGCCAGCUUGACCCAGGAGUUGAAGGAUGAGAGAAUUGCUCCUCCUCCAGGCAAUAACAUUUGGAACCCAGCGGCCGCUACUCCAUUUAAUCCAGGUGGUGCUCCCGACAUGUAUCAGUUCCAACAGUACAAUCGUAUCCAGAAUCCCAUAUCUCCACCUCCUGGCUUUAUGAUGGCAUCCCCUCCCAUUGCGUUCAUGGACCCUCGAAUGUACAAUAUGGUGUACCAAAUGGAUCUGAAUACCAGCAACAGCUUCAAUAGCACCAACGAUAGCGACGAAGGUGCUGAUACGUCCAAGGCCAACAAUCAUGACCAACUGACGGCUUCCAAGGGUAGAAAGGACUAUGACCAUACUCCAGGUAUUGGAAUGCCACGUCAUAUGCCUGCUGGGGGAUUUAUGUUCACCCCGUUCACUCCUUAUUCGGUGUACCAGGCGUCUCCUCCGGGGUUCCAGCCAUCUCCUCCGGGGUUCCAGCCAUCUCCUCCGCUUAUGCCUGCUCACCCUGAAGUUGCUGAAGAAUCCACGAGCCAAAAGCCUGAGCCGGCUGCGAGAAAUCCAACCCCACCAGCAAACGGAAAUAGGAAAAGAAAUGCCAAGGUUUCUAAUAGCAAGCAGUCGCCUCAUAUUUAUCGGUCUCCCUUACUUGAAGAAGUACGUUCCAACGCAAAGGGUAAAGAGUACUUUUUGAAAGACAUUUAUGGGCAUGCAGUGGAAUUUACUAAGGAUCAACACGGUUCGAGGUUUAUACAACAAAAGUUGCCUCAUUCUUCGGAAGAAGAAAAGGAAGUGAUCUUCAACGAAAUUAGAGUGAUCUCCUACGAGUUAAUGACAGAUGUGUUUGGAAACUACGUGAUUCAAAAGUAUUUCGAACAUGGUUCAAUGACUCAAAAGAAAAUCUUAUUGGAGAGCAUGUUAGGACAUAUCUACGAGUUGUCUUUGCAAAUGUAUGGAUGCAGAGUUGUUCAAAGGGCUCUCGAGGCCCUUGAAUUGGAUGGUCAAAUCAAGAUCAUCACUGAGUUGAAGAACCAUAUAUUGAUUUGUGCGAAGGACCAAAAUGGUAAUCAUGUCAUCCAAAAGUCGAUUGAAAGAAUUCCUUUCGAAAACGUCAGGUUUAUUCUUGAAGCCUUGGAAAGUCAGGUUUAUCACUUGUCUACUCACCCUUAUGGGUGUAGAGUGAUUCAACGAUUGCUAGAACAUUCGGAUGUGGCAGAUCAAGACAAGAUCUUGGCUGAAUUGAAUCGGUUUAUCUUUUAUUUGAUCCAAGACCAAUACGGUAAUUAUGUGAUGCAACACAUCUUGGAAAGAGGUAACAUGGUAGACAGAGAAGCUAUCUUAAAGGUCGUGCUUGGAUCGGUGGUGAAUUUUUCCAAACACAAGUUCGCCUCUAAUGUGAUUGAAAAGUGUAUCAAGUUUGGUACGUUUGAGCAAAGGAAAAAGAUUCUUCAUGAGGUCUUGUUGGGCAACGAAGACCUUUCUAUUGAAGAUGUGGAAGAUGACUCGCCAUUGGCACUCAUGAUGAAGGACCAGUAUGCCAAUUAUGUCAUUCAAAAACUUGUGGAAGGAUUUAGUAGUAAGAGUCAGGAAAAGAGGCUUUUGGUGUUGAAGUUACGCCAGUACUUGAAGCAAAUUUCCUCUAAAAACAAUUAUGGAAAGCAUCUUGCCUCUGUUGAAAAGAUGAUAAUUGUUGCUGAGACCGCCUUAGUUGAAGCUGAAAAUGUAUGAGCAUGCUUCUUCAAUGUGGUAUUGUUAGAAGGUGCUCUUGUAAAUAUUGUUGGAACAAACCUCGUGUAUAGUGAAAUUGUUUAUACUUUAAAUUUAUCUUGUUUUAUAGUUAGUUGAAAUACUAUCAAUGUAUAAAAUUAUAAUCCAUUACUUUUCAUUAUCAUAUAAGUUGAUCUAAACAUUACAAAUUCAAUCUGUUCCGGUCAUAGACAAAGGGGUUUGAACUCCAGCUCCAAUCCAGAACUGAACUCUUCCCACUUUCUCCCGGUACUGCUGUGUUUUAAAUAAGACUUUUUCAAAGUAGCAACGUCCACUCCGUAGUCUUUUCCCUUAUUUGAGGUCACAAAAUACUCUGCUGUCAACAAAUGUUUAACAAACUCCAACUCUGAAAGACCUUGGAGUUGUGCACUAUUGAGUCUCUGAACAUUAGAAUCUUUUGCUGCCUUUAUUUCUAGUGUCAAUGUACUGUCGAACUGGCUCUCGUUGAUGUCAUCAUCGUCCGAAGAAACCGAAGACGAAGGAUCAGAAGAAUUGUUGAUUAUACUUCUGGCCUGUUCGAGGCUCAAGAAAGAAGAAUAACUUGAAUUCAGGAUCUUUCUUCUGGGAUUCAGCAAGUUAACAUUCUCGUUCAAGUGGCUCAAAUUGGCCCCAAUGGACCCGCCUGGGUGCUUUAUAGAGAAUAACUUCUUUCUGGCUGACUCGCUUUGUUCGAUAAGCUCGGAUAAUGCAAGAAUCACAGAGUCUGCCAAUGCUAACGCCACGGUCGCCGAAACGGUUGGAGCUGGAACUCCGUGAAUAGUUUCUUCUCUCAAAUGUGGAGCCAAUUCUGUGUACAAUAAAGACUUGGUCUUUGGGUGAGUAGCCAAUUUUGAAUCUUUAUUACAUGUCAACAAAACGAUAGGGAUUGCUUCGGGGAUAUGGGUAAGAAGAUCAAGAAGCUCGGGGGUAUUUCCGCUUGCUGUAAGCAUGAUUAUGGUGUCCCUGUUAUUCAAAAUACCCAAGUCGCCAUGAAGAGCCUCGGUCGGGUGUAACGUGACCGAUUGGAUAGAUAGAGAAUUCAACGUAGCACAUAACUUGGAGGCGAUUUUGAAGCUUUUGCCCACUCCACACAUCACCACUUUACCUCCCUUCAUGUUGACGGCGAAAAGCACAUCUAGAGACUUCAUGAGUUGGAUUUGUGAAAAUUCAUCCGUUUUAUAUUGAUGGCUUAAAUUAGCCAAUGCUUCCUGUUCAGCGUCAAGGCUCUUUUUCACACUGGUUAAACCCUUAGAAAGGAGGGCCUGAUAGUCCAUACUUAAACUCUGCUCCCCAGCCAUGUCGGCAAACAAAUAUGAAUAUUUGAAAUCGAUGAGAUUAUUACAAAUUCAAAAUGAUGAUGGUGAGC